AAAUUAGCUGUGGUUGAUUGUACUUCAAUAAGAAAAUUUUCGUCGUAUCUGCCGCAAUUGCAAUUGUACCGAGGCCAAAACAAAUAGCGCUUUUACGUUGCUGCCAAAGAAAAAGUGAAAAGAGAAAAUAAAUAUUGCAGAGUUUUCUGUUGAAAAACGUCAUAUUCUUGGAAGGUAUUUUAAAAAAAGUCUAAAUCCACUUUAUUCUACAUUCAUAGUUUAAAAAAAAUACACCAAUAAUUGGAAAAGCAAAAACAACUGUUUUGAAAUAUUUGAGAACGCCUCAUUAUCCGGAAAUCAAUACACGUUAGUAGUAAUGUCGUGGCAGGCUGGCCCAACGUAUCAAGACCCUAACCAGCAAUAUUAUGGCGGCUAUCCACCACAAGGCGGCUACCCACAAGGGGGAGGUUAUCCACCACAGGGUGGUUACCCGACCGCCGGGGGCUAUCCACCAACGGGAGGCUAUCCACCAGCAGGAGGCUACCCACCUGGUGGUUACGCCCCACAACCCGGCUUUGUGGUGCCUCCACCAGCGGGCGGUGGCUAUGGCGCCUACGAUGAUCCCGAAGGUCAACCAAAGAAUUUCUCUUUCGAUGAUAUGAGCAUACGCAAAGGAUUCAUUCGCAAAGUCUACAUGAUACUUAUGGGUCAAUUGGUUGUAACUUUUGGUUUUGUAGCUCUGUUUGUAUUUCAUGAACCCACCAAACAAUUUGCAUACAGAAAUCCAGCUUUGUUCUGGGUAGCGUUGGCCGUUUUGCUUGUAACAAUGAUCUGCAUGGCUUGUUGCGAGAGUGUACGCCGUCAAACUCCGAUGAAUUUCAUUUUCCUCGGUUUGUUCACAUUAGCAGAAUCGUUUUUAAUGGGAGUUUCCGCAAGCCGUUAUGCACCCAAUGAAGUACUUCUAGCAGUCGGAAUUACAGCUCUGGUUUGUUUGGCCCUAACACUAUUUGCCACCCAGACCAAAUAUGACUUUACCAUGUGCGGAGGUGUAUUAGUUGUGGCUAUGGUUAUAUUCCUUGUAUUCGGUAUUGCGGCCAUAUUCAUCAAAGGAAAAAUCAUAACACUGGUUUACGCAUCCAUUGGUGCGCUACUCUUCUCUAUUUACCUCAUUUACGACACUCAACUCAUGAUGGGCGGCGAUCAUAAGUACUCAAUUAGCCCAGAGGAAUAUAUUUUUGCUGCGCUUAAUCUGUACUUGGACAUUGUAAACAUCUUCAUGUACAUUUUGACAAUAAUAGGCGCAUCCAGAGACUAAGAGUAAAUGUAUAUAAAGCUUAUAUUGCUAAAGCAGGUGAAAAACACCAGUUCCAGAAUCAUUUUAUAUAUGUUUCCAUUUUCAAAAUUUGUUUUCUAGCAUUAUACAUGCUCACUAGUUUUUGAACUUAUAAUAUGUACGCGUAUAUGUGAAUUUUGUGAAUCUCAAAUCAAAUUAACUUCGUAAUUUAUAUUGUGCUAUGUAUAAAGCUUUUAUUAUUAUUAACCGUCA